AUGGAAAAAGAAAAGAAUUAUUUGCUAGAUAAAUCUUGGAAAGAAGGCGCCUGGAGAGUCCAAGAAACGCAGAGAGGCGCCAGAGAAAUAGAAACGAUAAAAAGCCAGGUACUGUUUCUCUUCCUGCUCUCUUUGUUCUAUGAGGCCAUCUCUGAACCUACCCGAUACUCCAUUCCCGAGGAGCUGGGCAAGGGCUCUCGGGUAGGGAACCUCGCCAAGCAUCUAGGGCUCAGUAUCCAGGAGCUGCCAGCUCAUAAACUGCGACUCAGCGCAGAGGAUUAUUUUCAUGUCAGUGUAGAAAAUGGGGAUUUGUUAGUGAGUGGCAGGAUAGCUAGAGAGACGAUUUGUGGGAGAAAAUCUGAAUGUAUACUGGAAUUUGAAUCAGUCACUGAAAACCCAAUGAAUAUAUUUCAUGUCAUUGUUGUAAUCCAAGAUAUUAAUGACGAUACACCACAUUUUGCUGCAAAGGGCAUUGAAUUAGAAAUCUGUGAGUCAGCCUUACCGGGGGUAAAAUUUCCUUUGGAUUCUGCCCAAGAUGCAGAUGUAGAGACCAAUUCACUGAAGUUAUACACCCUCAGUGCCAAUCAACACUUCACUCUUUCAACAAAAGAAAGUCCAGAUGGAAGUAAAUACCCAGAAUUGCAGCUGGAAAAACUUCUGGACAGGGAACAUCAGAGUUCCCAUCGAUUAAUCCUGACUGCCAUCGAUGGCGGGGACCCGCCUCUGAGCAGCACCACCCAGAUCUGGAUCAAAGUCACCGAUGCCAAUGAUAACGCCCCCGUGUUCAGCCAGGACAUAUACAAAGUUAGACUCCCAGAAAAUGUGCCCCGGGGAAGCUCCGUCCUGAGGGUGUUGGCCACAGACCAGGAUGAGGGUGUCAAUGCCCAGAUCACCUACGCCUCUCUUAAUGCCCCUGCAAGCUCUAUCCUCCUCUUCAGUCUACACCCGCAUACUGGUGACAUCACAACCAACAGUAGCUUGGAUUUUGAAGAAAGAGAUAGAUAUUUGCUUGGUGUGGAAGCCAAGGAUGGUGGGGUGCACACAGCUCACUGUAAAGUGCAGAUCGAAAUUGUGGAUGAGAAUGACAAUGCCCCAGAGGUGACAUUCAUGUCCCUUUCUGACCAAAUUCCAGAAGACUCAAACCCCAGAACUGUAGUAGCUCUGAUUAAAGUAAAGAGGGAUUCUGGGGAAAAUGGCCUUGUCACGUGCUACAUUCAGGAAGAAGUUCCUUUCAAGUUAGAACCCACCUCCAAGAAUUAUUACAAGCUCAUGAAUGACAAGGCUCUAAACCGAGGAGAGAUUUCAAAGUACAAUGUCACCAUCACCGCCACCGACAGGGGGAAGCCGCCCCUCUCCACUGAGACAUCCAUCACCCUGCACAUAUCCGACAUGAACGACAACGCGCCGGCUUUCCAGCAGGCUUCCUACGUGGUGCACGUGGCCGAGAACAACCCUCCCGGAGCCUCCAUCGCGCAAGUCAGCGCCUGCGACCCGGACGCGGGGCGCAACGGCCAAGUGUCCUACUCGAUCGUGGCCAGCGACCUGGAGGCGCGCGCGCUGGCGUCCUACGUGUCGGUGAGCGCGCACAGCGGGGCGGUGUUCGCGCAGCCCGCCCCGGACCACGAGCAGCUGCGCUCCUUCCGGCUCCAAUUAGGAAUGUAA